AUGGACCUUCGUCAACCUUCGUCAACCGUGUAUGGUAUGCGACUAAAGGAGGCGAUAGUGUUACUUGUUUUAGCCAUUUGCUCAAAGGCAGCGAAUUCGAAUCCUUAUCGGAGGCCGAUAACCGACACACAGAAGUCAGCCGGCGCCACCACCGCCUACUGCUUGAGUUGGAGGCUGGCGGUGGAGGCUAACAACAUACGUGCAUGGCGUACUGUCCCAACUCAGUGCCUUCACUAUAUUGAGGGUUAUAUGACUUGGGGGCAAUACGAGCAUGACCUCAACUUCAUUGUGGAGAAUAUAAAUGAUUAUAUUGAGAAAAUAAUUCUCGAAAAUGAUGGUUCUGAUGCUUGGAUUCUAGACGUUGAUGACACGUGUAUCUCCAACCUUUUAUAUUAUAGAGGAAAGCGAUUUGGUUGUGAUCCAUUUGAUCCAGUGGGUUUUAAGACAUGGGCAUUAAAAGCAGAGUGCUCUGCGGUUCCUGCAGUUCUCGCACUGUUCAAUAAGUUGAUGGAAAAGGGACUUAAGAUUUUCCUCAUCACAGGCAGAGAUGAACUCACACUUGGACAGGCCACUCUUGAUAAUUUGUACGAUGAGGGAUUCAUCGGCUACGAACGCCUCAUUUUAAGGACCGAGGCUUAUAGGGGGAAAAGUGCCAUUAUUUACAAAUCUGAGAUUCGGAAGCAAUUGGUAGAGGAAGGGUACAAGAUAUGGGGCAAUGUGGGAGACCAAUGGAGUGAUAUUCAAGGAGAUUAUGUGGGCGAACGUACCUUUAAACUUCCUAAUCCAAUGUACUUCGUGCCUUGA